AUGCAGGGCGUGCGCGCAGGCCCCGGGGCAUCACGGCUCCCAGUCUGCGCUGGGACGUGCCCGCGCCCUAACGGACCUCGCCGGGCAGGAAGGCCGGGCCGGGUCGGGUCGCGCAGGGCAGCACUGGUCCUAGCCGCGCUCCUUCCUCUCGGCAACGCGUCCGGCCGCAAGCGCCUGUCAUUGGCCGGCGCCCAGCGGCCGCUCAUUGGUCUGCGGCCCCUGUUUUACAUAGGCUCUCCGGGCCAAUCGGCGUCCAGCGCCUACUUAACAUGCACGACUGCCGCCAACCUGGAGCGCAGGGACCGAGAGGCCGAGCACGGCUACGCGUCAGUGCUGCCCUUCGAUGGUGACUUCGCCAGGAAGAAAACAAAGGCCGGCGGCCUGGUCCGCAAGGCCCCGAACAACAGGUCGUCACACAAUGAACUAGAAAAGCACAGGCGAGCCAAACUCAGACUGUACUUGGAGCAGCUCAAGCAGCUGGUCCCGCUGGGCCCCGACAGCACGCGCCACACCACACUCAGCCUGCUCAGGCGCGCCAAGGUGCACAUCAAGAAACUGGAGGAGCAGGACCGCAGGGCGCUGAGCAUCAAGGAGCAGCUGCAGCGUGAGCACCGCUUCCUGAAGCGGCGCCUGGAGCAGCUGUCGGUGCAGAGUGUGGAGCGCGUGCGCACGGACAGUACAGGCUCCGCCAUCUCCACAGACGACUCUGAGCAAGAAGUCGACAUAGAGGGCAUGGAGUUUGGCCCAGGCGAGCUGGACAGUGUUGGCGGCAACAGUGAUGUGGACGACCACUACAGCCUGCAGAGUGGCGGCUGCAGCGACGGUGGCUAUGGGCCUCCCUGCCGGCGGCCUGGCUGCCCUGGCCUCUCGUAGGCCUGGUGCCCUCCGCCCUCGGCCCGCCCGCCUGCCCGGCUGAGUGUUUCAGCCCUCCAGUCCUCCCUGUGACCGAUGCCAGCCUUCUCUGCGGCCCACUGCUGUGCCAUUCUGGGAGCCCGGCUGCCGCCUGGGUUGCCUGCUGCCUGCCUGCCUGCCUGCCGGCCAGGGCCCACCAAGCCGCCCGUCUCUCCCAACUGGGCAGGGCCCCCUGCAGGGAGGCAGGGCCCUGCUCCCCCGUCC